GGUCGGCUCCACAGCAACAGUUGUUGCCAGAGAGUAGGGGCUGUGUCAGUAACAGGUGACCAUUUUUGUGAUUAAAAAUUGUUUCGAACUUGUAGGCGAACAUUUGUAGAGAAAUUAUGGCUGGAAAAGGAGGCUUGAUAAAACUGGACCUUGGUGUAUUGAGCUCUGAGCAGCAAGAGAAACUGCGACAGUUCAAGAUCAAGACGAGAAUCGACAAUGAGAAUUAUUUAAGGUCCCAUCCAGAAGUGAAAUUAUUGAUGGGCGACUUUAUGAGAAAGGUACUUCUUAAAAGACCUGCUAACCUCCAUGAGUUUGCUGCAGAUCACUUCACCAACCCAAACCUUCAUGCAACUAUUGGCUCCAGAGUGGAAGGAAACUGUGGCAUGGAGUGAAACACGCCAACAGUCAUGGUGCUGUGUGGUUGUUCUUUCUGUUCAGAGCAACACAUGUAUGGACUUGAAUUUAGUAAAAAUGAAGAUGCUACAGUAAUAAGUUUGUUAGUCUACAGAUGCAGGAAGCCAGCUAACAGGGAAGAUGUUAAUGUGCUGUUCCUAAUGAGUUUAAUGAGAAGAUGAUACCCUGUGGACAUUGCACAAUGUUUGACACAUCACCUGCAUAACUGUGUGGGGACAUUGCUACUGUUUCAUGUUUACCAGCUUUCUGCAUGAAGAGUAAAUGUACAGUAGUUUGUUUCUUUUCUUAUGUGUUUUUGGCUAUGUAAUUGUAUGUGAGUAAUACAGCUCGGUAUUGGGU